AAGAGUGAACGGAAGUGUCAGAAGGGGAAAACGAGUGCAGUUUGGUUCACGUUAAGAUGACAACCUUAGUGCUGGAUAACGGAGCCUAUAAUGCCAAAAUCGGUUACAGCCAUGAAAAUGUGUCGGUAAUUCCUAACUGUCAGUUCAGGUCAAAAACGGCACGUCUUAAAACUUUUACCGCCAACCAGAUAGAUGAAAUAAAGGACCCUUCUGGACUCUUUUAUAUUCUUCCUUUUCAGAAGGGCUACUUGGUGAAUUGGGAUGUUCAAAGACAAGUUUGGGAUUACCUUUUUGGAAAAGAAAUGUAUCAGGUUGAUUUUUUAGAUACCAAUAUUAUUAUCACAGAACCAUAUUUUAACUUCACUUCAAUUCAAGAAUCAAUGAAUGAAAUCCUAUUUGAAGAAUAUCAGUUCCAAGCAGUCUUAAGAGUAAAUGCUGGUGCUCUCAGUGCACAUAGGUAUUUUCGAGAUAAUCCUUCCGAAUUAUGCUGUAUCAUUGUAGAUAGUGGAUAUUCCUUUACACAUAUAGUUCCUUACUGUAGAAGUAAAAAGAAAAAAGAAGCAAUUAUUCGGAUAAAUGUGGGAGGAAAACUCCUAACCAAUCAUCUAAAGGAGAUUAUAUCUUACAGGCAGCUACAUGUUAUGGAUGAAACACAUGUGAUUAAUCAAGUGAAAGAAGAUGUAUGCUAUGUGUCUCAGGAUUUUUAUAGAGAUAUGGAUAUUGCAAAGUUGAAAGGAGAAGAAAAUACAGUAAUGAUAGACUAUGUUUUGCCUGACUUCAGUACAAUUAAAAAGGGCUUUUGUAAGCCAAGGGAAGAGAUGGUGUUAAGUGGAAAAUAUAAAUCUGGGGAACAAAUUCUUCGUCUGGCCAAUGAGAGAUUUGCUGUUCCAGAAAUACUCUUUAAUCCUUCUGAUAUAGGCAUUCAAGAAAUGGGUAUUCCAGAAGCUAUUGUCUAUUCAAUUCAGAACUUACCUGAAGAAAUGCAGCCGCAUUUUUUUAAGAACAUUGUUUUGACAGGAGGAAAUUCCCUUUUCCCGGGAUUUAGAGAUCGGGUUUACUCAGAAGUUCGAUGUCUCACUCCAACAGAUUAUGAUGUUUCAGUUGUGCUGCCUGAAAACCCUAUUACUUAUGCCUGGGAAGGUGGAAAAUUGAUAUCAGAGAAUGAUGAUUUUGAAGAUAUGGUAGUAACAAGAGAAGAUUAUGAAGAAAAUGGACAUAGCGUCUGUGAAGAGAAAUUUGAUAUUUAAGAAACAUUCUGAAUUAAAGUUUUGAAUGGCUGUGAUCGAAAGGUUUAAUUUCAGUGUUCUUUUUAAAGUAGGUUAAGGAUCUGUGUUACCUUUCAUCCCAAGAUUAGAUCUUAAACUUAUGUGAAUACUUUGAUCCUCAGCUAAUUUUCAAAGGUUGCUUAGCUAAGUUAUUACAGUAAACUGUAUCUCAGCUCAUAUUUUCAUUUAAGAGUUAGACUACCAUAACAGUGCUUACACUAUUCCUGAGACUAGGUUAUCUUUCAUUAGAAGAGUAAAUGCAUUUUGAAUUUAAUUCUUUAUAGCCGAGAGCGCAAACAUAACUGUCUCACUGGUCAGUUUUCCUUGGAAAGCUGUUUUGUGUUACUAUGAAUAGGGAGGGAUUGGCUAAAAUGUUUUCUGGCUGAUAUGAUUUCUCUUUUAGAACUAAGUAGUUUAUAUAAAAAUUGCCAUUUUUAUUCACACAUACUAAAGUUGGGAAGACUAAUCUUAUUUGUGUUUAACAUUUGGUUUUUAUUUAGAAUAAAUUGGAAAGGGUGGAAACUAAAGCCAAUGUAUUAAAGUGUUUUUUGAUCAGUAUUAUGUUGGCAGAAAUGUAUUAUUUCACUCACAAAAAUGCUGUACCAUUUUUAGGAUGAAAAGAAAUUUGAAGUUAACUUAGGGUUGGUCAAAAACUCUUGAGACAAAUGUUAGUGAGUGUUUUGUUUUAAAAACUUUAUAUAGAGGCACACUUACACACAAAAAACCUCUUGUAUAAUCCACAGUAAGCAUAUUAAGGUGUUAAAAGCUACAGAUUUCAAAUUUAAGGAAACAGGUGGCAAUGACAUUAAUGAAUGGAUCAGGUAGGCUUUGCUUGCAAACAGGAGAAACUCAUUUGGGCUAUCCUAAGCAAAACAAAAUUUAUCAGUGGGACAAAGGGGAGCUUAUCAAAUCUAAAGAAAAAUGACCAGCAGCCUUAGGAAGGAUGAAAACCAGGAUAACCUUAGGAAUGUAGGUUACAGAAACUGAGUGAGAGACAAUCCUUUUAGAGCCCUGCCAUCAAAAUAUCUCAGCUUCUCUAUUUUCUAUCUUAUAUAGUUAUGCUCAUAAAUCAAAUUCCUACCAGUUUCUUUAUGCUAGUUAGUAUCAUGCACCUAUCCCAUGGCUUCAGGGACUUUGACAGUACUACUAAGAUAGCAUAGAAUAAAAGAAGGUAGUUUCCCAAAGGAAAAUUAAGAUGAAGAGACAGAUGCUGAUCAGAGUGAAAGAGCUGUUAAUUACAAUUUUAUUUGGAUCAUGUUGGGUUAGGGCCUGGUCAGUCCUUCCUAGACUUAGGCUGGUUAUCAUUACAGAGUUGCAAGUCGAGUGUUUGUGUGAUACCCAGUUAUGAGCAUAUAAUCUGAAUAGUGUAGCAAGAAGAUACUGAUAGCAUAAAAUAAAUUUUUGCAGCCAUACAGUGUAACUGUUAGAAUUUCAAGAUGAUGUGGUUGGAGGUUAAAAAAAAAAAAAAGGCAAAUCCCCAUUUAUAGGGCUUUCCUUGACUUGUCAGGACUUCAUGUUGGACAGGCAGAAUACUUAUCAUCAUUGACCAGGUGUUUUUCCUGUGAGGAACAAACAUUCCUCAAAGAUGCAUUACCAAAACAUGCCCUGGCCUUGAAGUCUUCUGUUAUGUUCUGCUGAGAAUGAUUGUGUGUGUGUGUGUGUGUGUGUGUGUGUGUGUGUGUGUGUGUGUGCAUAUGCUUACUACAGUAAACUAAUUUCUGUAGGCAGUGUAGGUAUCAUAGUGGUCAUCUUUGAGACACUAAACAUUCGUUUCUGAAAUUAAUGAACAUAGUCCUUACUCCUCUAUUUCUAGAGCAUUGAAACUCCCUUCCAUUUCAAUACCUAUCUAAUUUAGAAAGCUUAUUGCUAGAGAUUUUGUUUUAAUAUUAUACAAUAAGUUGAGUUCAAAGAGAACCUUUAACAUUAUUUAUAAAUAAUAACAUUGAGGUGAUUCAUUAAAGAUAUCUAUUAUUUUGGAAAGAUAGUCAUAAAAUCCUAAUUUACAAUUCAUAAAAAGUGGGAUGAGAACUUAGCCACAUUAGAGUUUAUAAUUUUUUUUCAAGUUUAUUUAUUUAUUUUGAGAGAGAGAACACAAGAGGGGAGAGGGGCAGAGAGAGAGCAAAGGUGAGAGAACCCCAAGCAGGCUCCCUGCUGUCAGCAUAGAGCCUGAUGGGGCCUGAUCCCCCAAAACUAUGAGAUCAUGACCUGAGCUGAAGUCAUAUGCUUUAACCCACUGAGCCACCCAGGCACCUCUAGAGUUUAUUAUUUUUUUAAUGCAAACUGCAUGCAUGGAAAUAACAUGUUCCAGUGUUGGCCAUGCAUUAUACUCCCCUUAAGACAAUAAAGAAUUAGGAUUUAUAUCAAUGAGUAAGAUAGAACAGUCCUCUCAAACAGUUUUUUAUCUUGGUUUUGAAAUUUUUAAUUUGGUGGUGUUUGUCUUUGCAUAGCAAACUGAUACUGUUCACCUCCUUCAUGUCCCAAAUCCCUUUAAACAUUUCAGGUGGAGAAGGGAGGGAAGUAAAUGAGAUCAGGGAGGAAUACACAGGGAACACUUCAGUGCUAUUUGUGAUAUAUUAUUUCUCAAGCUGGAUGGUGAGCACACGGGUGCUCAUUGUGUUAGAAUCUACACUGUGUAUGUGAAAUAGUUCACAGUGUAUUUUGAUAGAAGAGUAAAUCUGUAAGUGACUCUAGGAAACACAAAGGGUGCUAUUGAUGAACAAAGUGGAAGAAUUCCUAAAAGAUGGAAAACAAUGGCGUUAGGUUGUUAGCGAAUCAAGAAGAAUAUUCAUGUCCCAAAUCAGGGCAGGAGAAAACUACUAAAGAUAAAAUAAUUCCAGAGAUACUUUAAUGUCAGGGCAAAUGUCAGGAGAAUAGGAGAUAAUGGGUGAGCCAUUAAAAGAAUGAAUUGGAAACAACUGAGCCCUACUCACUUUCUUGGAAUGGAGGCUCAGCAAAAAGAGAAAGUGUAAGGGUUGGACAAUCUAAAUAGUUUUAUAUUCACUAAAGUCAUCAGAGUAAAAGGAAAAAAAUAUUAAAGGGAGUGGUGGAUUGUGGCACUCAUCUCUGGCUAAAUAUAGGAGCUCAGACCUCAUUAGAAAGAAGUCUGACAGGGCAGGGCCCUCGGGCACUUAGCACACCUCUCUCUUGCUGAGGAAAGGCACCACAGUUAGAACUUAGAUUCAUCAACAGGUAAACAGGAAUUCAUUUAAAAAAAAAAAAAAAAAAGACAACCAAGCAUUAAACAUUUGAAUGAUACUUAAACACCACAAGAGGUACACCAAAUCCAAAAAAAAAGAAUGAACCCCUAAGGGAAUAAAGUAAACUUUAUACUAUUCUCUGAGAGACUAAUGAGGCAAUUGUAUCUAUCACAACAGGUUACUAUAACAAAGAUCAUAGAAAUUAAAAAUAGGAUUACUUAUGCUUAAUUGAUGGGUUGAAUAGCAAAAUGGACACUACUUAAAAUUUAAAAAAAAAGAAGCUGAGGGAAUUUUCCCAGAGUGUAGCACAAGUGAGCAAGCUCUAGGAUGGCUGGGGAAAGAAGCUAGCCAACAUUGACAAUAUAGGCCAUGUUGUCCCCCUGAUACUAUGAUCCUCUCCUAUCGAGAGGCCUUUUGAUGAGCUUGCACACAAAACACAAAUAACCUCACACUUGGGGACCGUUCAUCCACAUAACUUCUUUCCUAAAGCUUCUAGUUCCCAGGUUUCUUGUAGUUUUCAAGUCUCUCAUCCUCUGGUCAAACCAUUAGCCAUUAUCCCCAUCCAAUAUGUUCAUGCACAUUGGACAAGAGAUGCCCCUCUUGGUUCUGCCCUCUGGGAUCAUUUCUCUUCCCUACUGCAGGUUAGGCAUGCACAGAGCAGCAUGUCAAUGUCAAGCGGACGGUGGUAUCUGCAAGAUUGGACUCAGGCUGGACAAGUAAAUUCCAUGGGCUCACACUUAGAGCACCUACUCUUACUGCACUGUUUAUGUUUCACCUGGCCCAUAUCUGUGACCUUAUGGAGGUUACCUAAUACCAGAGAAAAAAUUCAAACCUGAUUUACAGGUGGUUCUACGUGAUAUGGGUAGUACCAGCCAGAAACACAGUGCUGGCACAGAUCAAUUGUUGAAUUAUACUCAUGUAUGAAUCAGACAACAAGAGUUACCCAAUAGUAUCACUGGCCACAGAGUUAAGUGACAAGAGCUGGGGCUGCAAUGCUAACUUGUUGGUUUUUAUGUCAAAAAGCUUUCUAGCACAUUAGCAAUUGCAUUAUAAAGGCACUUCCAAAUCCACUUGUACAGAGUAAAGGGAAGAAAGAUUUCUAGAAAAAAAGGUCUCAAGAAGGCCUUUCAGUCUUAAAUAUUCUCUAUAUAAAUUAUAAGAGGAGAAAAGUUUCAUCUCAACAUUUAUUUCUCUGAGUUAGAAAAUCUUUUAUUUACCUGGGUAGUAUCUGAGAAUGUGCAUAAGAAGUUAAACAGAGUCUUAAGCAUUAUGAAUCAGACUGUUAAUUCUCACAGAAAUUUACUGAAUGUUCCAACAGUAGGUAAUCUUCUCAAUGAUUGGAGUUGGACUUUAUUUAUGCAGAGAAAAAAAGAUUUUUGCGUGUAAGUCCUCCCUCUAAAUGGUCUAACCUAAAAUCGAAUGAUAAUACCCUUGGGAAUUCUUUUUAAGUGGAAUAACUGUAAUUUGUGGAACUGUCACUAGGUGGAGUGGCACUGUUGGGUUAGGAAUUCAUGCCUGGGAACUUUCAAAAACCAUUCGGUAGAAGUCAAUUUGUAAACAAGUUCAGUUGAAUAAUGGUGUGUAUAUAUGUUGAUCAAAAUAAGCUUUAUUAGGGAAUGUUAUAAGAAAUUGUCAUUCACUUCAUACAAUAAUAAAACAUUUCAAGCAUU